UGUUGAAAUUAAUUUAUCUGCGAGAACUAAGCUCCGGAUUCAUUCGCUCCGAUCACGACGACUUCAUUCAUUCGAACUCUUCGCUCGCGCGCGCUCUCUAGAAGCGCUUGGUUCGCAAUGUCUGCCAUCGCAACUCGAGCGAACCCACCGAGCGCCGCACCGUGCCAGACCGGAGUGAACCGUGCACUGGACCGGAUCGUCUUUGGCCAGUGUCCCGUGUGUCGUUGUUGUGUCCGUGUGUGGUUUCGAAACUUUUGCGUGAGUGCGAUCAGUUCGAGGGGAAAUCCGCGAAUCGACUAUUGAUUGUCCACGUCGAGCAAGCAAGGGGACGGUGAUUAACUGUUGCAGGAAUUCCACGGGGUUGCUGAUCCUCCGCGGCGUUCGCGAUCGCGGCCGUAAUCGGCUGACGUAUACACAUCUCUAGUGGUCUUCUACGGUGGUUCGCUUCGGGGAGGAAAACAUUGUGCAGCCGGGGCGAGGGGCGACGUGCUUAGCGAGCACCGAGGUAGAGUGAAACUUGUUUUGCGCACAACUCCGCGCGAAUGACGGAGAGAGGCAUUUACCUGUGCUUACGAAUCAUCAAACGAAAGAGGAAGUGAACGAAGAAAAAUCGCUGUCGAGCGAGAGUGAAAGUGAUUUCAGUGAAAAGAGGAAAGGUCAUCUCCCUGUCUUGGGACGACGACGACGACGGCGGCGGUUGUUGGUCGUGGUUGGGAACCGAAACCGGAGAAGAAGAAUGUACAACCGACAACAGACGAUUCGCCGUAGUCAAAUCAACCCGCUGCCUAAAGCCGUGCGUACGUGCGUGGAAAAAGUUCAGCCGAAUGUGAAAUUUCAAACAAUGUGUAUAAUAGUGUGUACCCACCACAAUGGUUUAAUGAUGGAGAAGAGAGAGUUUUAACAGCAGCUACGGCAAAAAAUAAAAGAAACCAAAAUUCGAAUAAAUCCGUGUUGUGCGAUUUUUUUCGUUGGUAACUUUUAAGUAUACCACGCAAUCGUAAAAGUGCAUAUCUUUCCGCGGCUGACUGACUGCUGGUGGAGAAGAAUCAAACUUGGGAAGCCACUUUUGUAACCGUGGAAUCAUGAGUGACUAAAUCAAAUUUGAUCGUCGUGCGAAUUAUGGAUGGCUUUCGGAGUGGGAAUGUGAUUACGAUUGCGAAUGGAAUAAUGAAGUCAUCAUCGGUAUUCAAAAUGGGUUGAUCGGUUCUACGGAAGAGAAAAAUAAAAUGUUCCAAAACUGCCAUCACCUAAACAUUUUCCGGUGAAAAGCUCAUGUGCGGACAAUUUUUCGAUACACUGUGCAGCUCGUUCCGGUCCGACAUGCGUCACACUAAACGGAAGAUCCGUGGAAGAUCAGUUUCUGGUGCAUCGCUGCACGCUUCUCUCUUGUGUGUCUGCUUUGCUAGCGGUGGCGGCGGCGCAAUUGCGUGCUUGAUUGAUUGGUAGUUUCUUGAGAGCAUCAUCACCGCAUCAUUACAAAUAACUGACUAUCGUCGAUCGAUCGAUCGAUUGGCUUCUAGAGAAGGAAGCACUCGCGUUACCAGAACAGAAAACGGCAAGAAUCAAGAAAAUUGGAAAUUAAUACCCAACGAAGGAUAGACAAAUUAGCAACGUCGGUCUCGACGGUUUGUCGGUCGAUCCGGUCGGCACUCAACGGUACACAACCAGGAAGAAGAACGAAAACACCACUCACAACAGCAGAAUGGACGACAAUGAGAACUAUUUGGAGUAUCCAAAAAUGAACUUUUCACAGUUCUCGUCGCCCUUUGGCGGUGCCCUGGCAGCGAAUCAGUUCGCGGCGGCCAAAUUCCCGCCAAAUCUCGCCACGGCCAAUGGGCAGGUCCUUGGAUUGGUAUCCGGUGGUGAUGCAGGCAUGCAGUUUCUCCGACCGAUGGACGGCAAUGCCAUGGCGGCAGCUACCGCCUUCCAGCAGCAACAGCAAGCGGCCGCAGCAGCCGCUGCAGCAGCCAAUAUGCAACAAGCCACGCCCGCCUAUAUCACUCUGCCGAUCACGAUGCCCGGUGCAAAGCCAGGCGAUGCCCAGCAGACAGUUCAGAUACAGGUGCUGAAUCCCAAUCCAAUGCCUCAACCCGCACAACAGGCGCCCAAAUUCCAGAUGGGCCAAAUGCAGAUUCCCAUACAAGGAUUUCAGCAGGGAACUACGGUUUUGACGGUGGCUUACGGUCCUCAGGACGAGGAAAUCGUACACAAUCACGGUCUGGGUGAGGGAAUGACGAUAGUUGCUGCGCUCCAACCACAGGACCUCCAGUUACUUGCACAAGCUCAAAAUGCCUCGCUUUUUCAGCAGCAACAGCAACACCAUCAACAGCAACAGCAGAAUCUCGGUUCACCAACGCAACCCACGAUAAAGGUUGAACAAGGUUUAUCACCGCCGAUAAGGCCCAUCAAACAGGAAGCUGUCUGGAAUAGUAUCCCCAAUCUAACAGCUGCUCCGGCGUUCGGUGCAGACAUUGCCGAAUUCCUGCAGCAGCGAAGUCAGGGUCUCAAUCUACAACCGUUCCUUAAAUUCAACAAUAACAACAACAAUGAGCCCCACAUCCCUCUAGCCCACGGAGAUCACCUAAUAGGUGGUUCAAUACCGAACAUACCCGGUACCACCUAUAUCAAGCGGGAAAUCAUGGACGAGAACUCCAACGACAAUACUCAGUACGGGGCAGAUAGUAGUCAAGCGGACAGCAGCUUCCGAGACGCCAGCAGUAUAUCGGGUGACACCAACUGCAGUAACCACCACGAGUCCGCUUCGACACCAACGACGACGGCUGCGGCGGCCACGUCCACGACGGGCCAUCCCAGUGAAGACGGUGCCCCGAUCGGGUCCGGCAAAGCCCGGAAAAAGCGAAAGUACAAAUCGAAACCUCCGAAGCCGAAGCGGCAAAAACCGGGACAAGUGCAUAUCACAACCGCCAUCGACGGGACGGUCCUAUUCUGUUGUCCCGAGUGCCACAUGGCCUACCCGGAGAAGGAGUGCCUUGAGCAGCACCUGGUGGUACACAAGAUCGAACGGCGGUUUAUCUGCGACAUUUGCGGGGCGGGCCUGAAGCGAAAGGAACACCUGGAACGGCACAAGCUGGGGCACAAUCCGGAGCGGCCGUACGUCUGCAGCGUGUGCAUGAAGGGCUUCAAGCGGAAGGAGCAUUUGAAUUUGCAUUUCGUCAUUCAUAGUGGGGUGAAAACGGAGAUCUGUGGGGACUGCGGGAAAGGCUUCUACCGCAAGGAUCACCUCCGCAAACACAUAAAAUCUCACAUGACCAAACGGUUAAAGGAAGAAAUGGCAGCAACCAACGGGGGAGGUUCCACCAACUCCUCGAAUCGCAACAGCAGUAGCAACAGCUCACCCACCAGCAGCAACAACAACCACCACUCGGACAAUAGCGUAUCGACGACUUCGGGUCCGACGCACGUUCCCCUUUCCCUGCCGGCAGGUAUCCCACCCGGGUUGACAAUAACUACCAGUACAAAUAAUUCCAUGUCCAACCACCACAACCCGCCACCGCAGCCUUCGCCCCUAGCCCAGGGCAUCUGUCUACCGCAGGGCGUUACGAUACAUGUUCCCACAGCCGACAACCAAACCCUGCCGGUGCAAAUAUCCCUACCUCAGUUGGUGGCCCAGCAGCAGACGGCAUCGGACGGUACGACCAGUACGGUGCUGGUACCGGCAUCGGAAGCUCUGCCCCAGCUUGCAAACGGUGCCCAAUAGCAGUAGCAUCAGCUGAUGGUCGUCGGUUACUGAACAUCAUCGAUCGAGCGACCGACCGUCAGCGUUAACAACACCAAAUACCUAACGGAACACAAGAAUAGAACCGGCGGCAGCUAGAGAGAGAGACAGGGGACCCCUAUUCGCGCGAAUACUCAUUUUAAGCUAAAGCGUUUUUCUAUUUAGGUAUUUAUAGAUAGGACAAUAUUAACUUUUGCUCGAUCCUGAUGCAGCGUUGUGUUGAGGAAGAAGGCGAAGGAUCGCGGCAGCAUGCAGCAGCAAAGCCCAAAAGUCGUACGUGUAGGCCGGUUAGGCCGAUCUUUGUUUUUGUUGUUGAUUGAAGUAGGUACAUCGCCCUGAACAGGACAAUAAUAUGCCACGGAACCGGAAGAGAGAGUGGAAGCACAAAUUUGUUUUGUGCGAAUGUAUGAUUAGGUAGGUGGUCAAAAUUUAGGAAAAGUUAGAACAUGCGAAUUUUUUUUUUGUGUUCGGACAAAGGCAUAGGCGUAACCUGGGGAGGUCAUAUUCCACAUAAAUGUUCCUGAUAUUUUUUAUCUUUUAUGAUACUCCAUCUUAGUCGGGACUUCGAUGUUAUCAUUUAUGCAACAGUUUGCGAAAAAAUUGAUUCUCUUCAAUGCUUACUGGUUGUUCGAUAACUCAUCAAUGUUUUCAAGUUUAAAAACUUUAAAGUCUGUCCACUUAAUUUUGAUAAUUUUAAUAUUGAAAUUUUCUAAUUGUCCAAUCAAUUAAACCAACAUGUUAACGAUUAUAUAUCUCGUACGAGGAACGUGCGUCGUAUGAAGAUACAAAGAGUUUCAGAACAUCCGUGAUGUUCAUGUGGCUAACAUACCUCUAUAUGUGAACCAACAGUCAAUCUGGGAAGUCCACUGUGAAUCUCAAAGUUAUUUCAAUAUCUUGUGAAUGCAUGAAUGCGUUUAUGAUGUCGAGAAAGCAUCAUUCGAUAAAAAGUCAUCUAUCUUGAGUAUUUUAUUUGGUAUCAAGUGAUGAUAACAUGCUUUUCGAUGUCCUGUUGAUCCAUAGUCAUAGUAUAUUUAUAUUUCCAGUGAUUAACAGUUGGAUUUGCCGGAAGCUCAAACACCGACAUUGAGAAAUUGAGAAGAAACGUCAAACUGCGAUUAGUGUUUGCGGAUGCCCCCAUGAGGUAGUCUUGGGAGGGAGGCAGCCACGUUUGUAGAAUUGUACUAACUUGACUUAAUUCAUAAAUGUUCACAGAUCUGAUGAUGGCUGAAUGAAGUAGGCCGAAACGUUAUACCAAAACGAUUUGAAACGUUUUUUUUUUUCAACAAU